GGCCCAAUCCCUGCACCCAGGGGGGCUGGCCACGGUGGCACAGGUCCUGCAGGGUCCGAUCCAACUUUCAGAUCAGCCCUGCGCCACUCAUCUGACCUGCGGGACCUAAAGGUUGAGUAACACUGUUCUAAGUUUUGGCCCUUUUUAAAGUCAGCUAAUACUGUGUUUGCUGUGUUCUGGAAUUGGUAUCCACAGACCAGCUAGAUUUUAUUUUUUGGGUGACAAUAGAUGGGUUUCAUAUGUCAAGGCUCCUGUACACCUUCAAACUUUUCAGAGCUCUAGCACAGGGCCCCUGGGACUGUCUUUCCUGGGCAAGGAAUGGCAAAAUCAGUGAUUAAAAACAAACAGUUCUUAAAAGUAAUGUGUUUUUUUUUUCCAGCCUGUCAAACCUUUGGCCUAGUUUUGAGUGUGCCAUGUUGUGGGCUGCCAGACUAGACUUCUUCAUUUAAACUGGAAGUGAGCUGUGAUGUUCAGUCGAGCUGCAUACCACUAAGUGUUUGGCAGGAAAACCCUGACCCACUGUUUGAUCACAGUGUAGACUGGAGGUAUCACUGCUGAUUGGAUUCAUCUGUGUCAAUAGCUCAGUGUGGACAGAUUACAGUGCCUACAGCUACUUUCAGAUUGUCAGCAUAUGUGACUUGAUUAUGAUUGGUAUCUUUUACUUGGUCUACAUUUUCCGAGUUUACAAAAUGCUUACCUGCAUUAGCUGGCCUCUUGCGGAAUUUCUGCAUUAUUUAAUUGGUACAGUUCUGCUUUUCAUUGCAUGUAUUGUGGCAGCGUCCAAGAGCUACAAUCAAUCAGGACUCGUAGCUGGAGCGGUCUUCGGUUUCCUAGCUACAUUCCUUUGCAUAUUGAGCAUGUGGUCAUCUUACAAGGUCUCUUGUGUUACUCAGUCAACAGGAUGUCUGUGCCAUGCUAAAUGUGAAACCAAAGAAAAGAGCCAACCACUGAGUAAAGAGAGUGGAUAUUGUUGCAACUGGACUGUAUUCCAAAAGUGUGUGAAGAUCUACUUGAAAAACUUGUGCAAAGGAAGGAACAAACAGUAUUUGGACCAAAGAAGCUGGCACCAAAAUAAAUUAUAAUGGAGAAACUGAAUUUCUUGAGCUUUACAGAGAAAUGCUAUUUUUGUCCUUUGAACUGCUCUGUUGCUCCCGACUAGUUGCAAUAAGAAUAAUAAAACCUCAUCUGGAGAGUUUACACUUCUUCAUUAGGAUCUGUAUAAUCUUAAAGGUGGAAAAAAGUAAUUCUGAUUUCUUCCAUCCUUUUACAAAAGGGAAAUCUUUCCUCUCUGACUAUUAACCUUUAACAAAACAACUGCUACACACUGUGCCUGGGAAAUCUGCCUGAAAUCCUCUUCUACCUCUUCAUUUCAUGGUCACUGAGAUUUUUUGCAUUAUCUUAGUCAAGACUAGAAAAGACCUUAAAGAACUUAUUCUUGGAGGAUUCACUGUGAACACUCCCUUUUAACCUCAGAAGUAAACUGGGUUUUUUAGAUGACCAAAGACUGUUUCAAUGUCUACAUUUUAAAAUGGCCAAAUCAGUAAGCUUAGAAGCUUCUUUUUAGUAUCCUACAAUACAGGAAAAUAGAUAUCCAAGAACACAUACUCAAAGGUUGAGCCAAGUUUCCUGUUUUCCUUCUUGUCAAUUUGUAUUUGCAUACUGGACUUCAUUCACACUUAUGCAGAAUUAACCCAUGGAAAGGGGAAACUGAGUUAUCCAGGAAUUUCUGUCUUUGGAGUGAUAAGUAUCAUUAUCUGUUUCUUCAACAUGCAGACAGUGGUGAUGACUCAACUGCUCAGCCAGGUGUAUGCUUUCAGGAACUAGAAACCAUUCUCAGGGGAAGUAUGUAGCAGAGACAGAACCUCCCCUUUCCUGUGGGUGCAGCUCACCUCCACCACAGCCCUUUUUUUCUAAAUCAAACCCAUUUAGGCAGGCUGACUAGGGUCCAGGCCCAGGGCAGAAGG